GAUUUAUUAGCUCUCGCACGGCGAGGGAAAUUCAUUCGGCAAAGUUCAUUCAUAAAAAUUUCAGCAGCCUGCGCACUACCCGCCCAGCUAGGCUGGCCGCGACGCUCGGGCUCCUCCCGAAGGAGACGGCGGGAGGGUCCGGGAGGGAAGGGCGCCCAGAGGAGGGGCGGUCCGGCCGGGAUCGGAUCGGACCCGAGCUGCAGCGAGGAGGCCCGGACCUCCGGCGGGAGGAACAAUGCGGACCAGCGCCCGCCGCUAGGGCUCCUGGCUGGCGGCCCGGAAACCGAGGUCCUCCGAGAGGGGGCAGCCGUCCUCACCCCGGCCCGCACAGAAGGGCCUUUGACUCUUGUGUGCUUUUUUUUUUUAAUAUAAUUUAUUUAUUUAUUUCUCUCUCUCUCUCUCCUUCUUUGAAAUGAACAAUCGCGGGAACAAAUAAAGGGUUAACGGGGCCGGUCGCUGCCCCGCCCCGUGGGAGCUGGAGGGAGCAGGUUUGAAAGUUCCUUCGCGCAGAGGGAAAGGAGGGGGGUGUGAAUAUUUCUGCUCAGGGCUAGAGGCGUGGCGGCACCCGCUACCCCAGGCCGGGGAACUCGGGUGCGAGGACCACCCCCCCGCCCCCCGGGGGCCUCUGCCAGGGCCGGGAAGGGCUGCAGCCAGGGCCGGGGAGGCGUCCUCCUGGGCUGUCACCCUUGUGCAGCCGGGGGACCCGGGAGGGUGGCUGUGCUGUGGGUCCACUGGACGGCGAGGCAGUGGAGGCUCCGGCGCCCCGUCUCUGCCCCGCCACGGCUAUGCGAGAACGCAGCCAGGACAGCCAGGCAGGACUCGCGCUGUAUGUAGGACUCUUUGGACACCUGGGGAUGCUUCACAGGGCCAAGUACAGCCGCUUUCGGAACGAGUCCGUCACGUCUCUGGACGAAGUGAGCCCCGGAGGGUCGGUCGGAAACAAGGGCUCCACGCCGCCUCCCCACCCAGCCCUGGCCCCUCACCUGCCAGCUGAAGAUGCCGUUGCGCACGCCCAGGAGAGCCCCACAGCGCUGUGCACCUUGAUCCCGCGCAUGGCAAGCAUGAAGCUGGCCAACCCAAUCACUUUUCUGAGUCUGAAAACCUUUUGCCUGGGUACCAAAGAGGUGCCCCGGCAGAAGCUUCAAGAGAACCAGGAUCAGAGCAACCCACCGUCCCCGGAAUUCAGUCUAAGCAGGACUGAGCCUGCACCUCCAUCACAUCCGGACCAGGUGGGACGCAGGGUCGCCUCCUUGCCUUCUGAUAUUUGUCCACUGCCUGGCCCUGGAGAGCAGACCCUCAGGAGCAAGCAGGACCGGCACGCUCUGCAGCACCUGUUGGGGACCGGUCUGAACUACUGUGUGAGGUACAUGGGCUGCAUUGAAGUGCUGCAAUCAAUGAGGUCGCUGGAUUUUGGAAUGAGAACCCAAGUCACAAGGGACGCAAUAAGCCGCCUGUGUGAAGUUGUCCCUGGGGCCCACGGAGCCAUUAAAAAGCGAAAGGCUCCCAUUAAGUGCCUGUCGACGGUUCUUGGCAAAAGCAAUCUUCAGUUUUCAGGAACGAUUAUAAAGCUGACUGUUUCAACCUGCAGCCUCACACUGAUGAACCUUGACAACCAACAGAUUAUUGCAAGUCAUCAGAUGCAAUCAAUUUCAUUUGCCUCCGGAGGGGACCCUGAUACCACAGACUAUGUCGCCUAUGUAGCUAAAGAUCCCGUCAACCAACGAGCGUGCCACAUACUGGAGUGUCAAAAUGGAAUGGCCCAAGAUAUCAUAAGUACCAUAGGACAGGCCUUUGAACUCCGGUUCAAACAGUACUUGAAAAAUCCUUUCUUGAACACUUGGGAAAGCGAGGAGGUACACCUUGAUGGCGCAUCUGAAGACAGAGAUCACGACUAUUACAACGCAAUCCCAGGGAAGCAGCCGCCUGUGGGCGGCAUUGCAGAUGUGCGGAUCAAGGGUCCAGCUACGGACCAAAUGGCUUACUGCCCUAUCCGGUGUGAAAAGCUGUGCUAUUUGCCUGGGAACUGUAAGUGCAUCGGUGUGUAUGAGAACUGUGUGGGACAGAGCGGGCCAAUAGGUACGCCCCAUGAGAGAGAGAUGCAAAGUGAUGGCGCGUGGAGGAAGCACUCCAGCAGAGUGGAUCUCUUUGAUGACCCCUGCUACGUCAACACACAGGCUCUUCAGAGUAGCCUUGGCCAUACUGGGAAGCAAAGCUCCACUCAGCCACAAGGAAACCCGUGGCACCUUAGAAAGGUACCAGAAACUGUGCAGCCGGGAGCCAGCACUCAGCCCGUGAGCUCACACUCUGUACCACACAUUAAGCAGCAACUGUGGAAUGAAGAAUGCUUCCACGGCCGGCUGAGCAGGGGGGCUGCAGAGAAACUGCUGGUGAAGGACGGGGACUUUUUGGUUCGAGAGAGCAUAACAUCUCCUGGCCAGUAUGUGCUGAGCGGACUGCAAGGUGGCCAGGCCAAACAUCUUCUUUUGGUGGAUCCUGAAGGCAAGGUGAGAACCAAGGACCACGUAUUUGAUAAUGUUGGCCACCUUAUCAAAUACCAUAUGGAUAACAGUUUGCCAAUCAUCUCUUCCGGAAGUGAAGUAAGCCUUAAACAACCAGUAAGAAAAGAUAACACAGGACUUUUGCAUUCCAAGAAAUGACAACUCCGGACACUGUGGCAGUACUAUCAGAAGACUAUCCUUCCCAUGUCAGGGACAGUGACAAUUCCAACCUUUUCUCCAGAUUAAAAAAAAAAAAAGAACACAAACUGUGAAACACGUCUUUCUUAGGACCCAUGGACCACAGCUUUUAUUAAACAGAGGACUAAUAAAAUAUCUUCUGACUAUGAAAACCAGAGCAGAAGAACUUUGGUCCAUUUGAAAAGGAGUAUUCCAUAUGCACGGAAGUCACUUUUUAAAGGUCACAUUGCAUUGAUUAAAAACUAAAAGCACAACUACAUUUUCAUAUGCUAAAGACAAUUUGAACUGCUCAGGCAGUGGUAUGUGCCUUCAACUUCAUCAUCUGGGGACAUUUUCAUAUGGGGGAGAUUAACUCCAAGUGUCUUGGUGUUCUAUAGCUACAGAACCAGUUGCCAAAAAAUUUUUUCCUUGCUCAAAAAGGCAAGAAGCAGCAACUUGACUGACAGUUUGACUUUCUUACAGUUUCUGUUUAGCAGCACUUUUUGCUGCCAUGUUAAAUAUGAGACUGACAUCAAAUUCAGACCGUGUCUAGGCUUGUGGAACGAAAGCAAAAGCAGCCGAUGGUUUCAUCAGUCUGUCUCAUUUAUUGAUUAAAAGGUUGGGGUCCAAGUUUACUGUCCAGCAUUCCUCAGUCUUUGCUGUCGGAACUGUUCAUAUGCAGCAUGGGACAAGUACGUGAGGCCAAAUCUCUUGGUUAUUUCUGGUUUUGAGUAUAUGGAUAUAAAAGAUGGGGUUCUUCAUAUGCAGUCCACACUGGUUCCAUUCCUAUUGAGUGUCAGAAGGUAAUUUAAAGUAUAAGAAACUUUCCUUUUGAUUGGCUUCCACUGAAUCCUGGUGUCACCUCAAUAUGUGCCCUAUCACCCUCUUUCUAUGGGUUGAAGGGUUUGGAAAGGCCUGUCAUACACGACGUUAAAACAGGGGUGAAAUUAAGAAUUCUUGGAGAAGCUCUAGGUUUGAACUAAUCAUCACUGUGACUCUUGACAGGUUGCUAACUAAACCUGCCUGGGCCCCAGUUUUCUUGUUUAUAAGGGAGCGCAGAGGUGCAUUUAGAGAUCCGUUGUCAUCCUAACACGGCAGUUUUUCCUUCGUGAGCAGUUAAUACUGAUAAGCAGCCUGUGCUGUUAGGGGAAUACAUUUAGGACUUCCCCCUGUGUUUAUACUCUCUAUACAAAGGGUUUACCUAAAUCAGUACCCACAUAGUUUGACCCCAAGUGUUUCAGAAUAAAGCAGGUGAUUUUGGUUCAAGUGGAUCUGUUUGAUUUUAAUAAUAGCAGAAAUGCUUCAGUCUUGCUUUAGCAUAUAAAAAUAUACCAUCACUGGAGAGAGAGAGGGAAAGUGAGAGAGGAUAUGAGUCCUGAGUUUGCUGGAUAGUUAUCUCAAUACCACUCCAUGUUGGCUAAGUAGACACAACCUAACCUUUAUAAUCAUGAUAUAUUUGGUAAGUUUCAAGUACAAUAUGGGGUAGUUCUUUUGGGUAGAAAUCAUCAGAAAUAAGUCCAUUGAAGUCUUGCAUUUUUAGGUAACAGCUCAUCCUUUUAUUUCUUCAGCCAUUGGGUAGGUUUAUUUUCUUUCCAUGGCUAGAAAAUAAUGUAUAUUUCAUUGACUCCACCCACAUAUCUUAGAUCUUAAUCAUUUUUCUUCAGCGAUCGGCGUAAUGAUAGGAACGUGUAGGCAAGCUGCAGCAGAGGCAGGGCAGAUCGUGCAGGCACUGAUGGUGUGAGCAGCAUGUGUAUAGUCAGUGCUGGACUGAAGUGGUGUUGCAGCUAGAGAAGCAAAUGCUGCCCUUUCAGAGACUGUAGACACCCUUCGCACACCCCUAGGAGAUGCAAGGAAUGUCUGCAUGCUGGUUUAAUCUUCUACUCUCAACCUCAAUUUUAAAAUGGUAGUCCAUUUGCCUACAAAUAUCUGUAAAUGACUUUUCUAAACAAAUAAAUGAUUAUUGCUUUGUG